GCUGUCCUAGGAAUCCUAUUAGAGAAGAUUUAGGGGAUAAGAUGUCUGUCAACAGUGCCUAGUAACAGUUCUUCAUAGGGCAGCAUUACCAAAGGUGAAAGACAGCAUGGAAGAGGAGCACUUUCCUGCCACAUUCAUAAAAAUGAUGGAUUUGCCUGUCUGCUGAAAGAAUGCUGGAUGGCAACCUGUCGAGGAUUUCUGGAGAACAUCCGACCGAUCAGCAUUCUCCAUCUCAGUUGCUUCCCAUCUGCUCUGAAGAUGUCUGCAGAGACAGCAUUAAACCAUGAGUAAAAUAAGCUUUAUCAGUCUGAAGACCCAACCAGGUUUCAGUUGUUUCACUCUCUAAUCCUUACUUUACCCGGAGAACUUCAUCCAGUAGCAGAAUGAAGUUAUCUCUGCUGUUUGGUUUGAUAUGCUUGGCAACAUGGGCCCAAGUUCCUGUAGUUGAAUCCAAAGACGCUGUUGAUGAAUUCCAAAAUACAGACUCUAAUGAAACAGACUCUCCUAAAACAGAGUCCUCUCAGACUGAUUCACACCACAUUAGCAGUGGCCUAAUGCAGUGUGGUGAAUAUAGUAAUGAGGUGAUGCCAAAUGGACAGUGUCGUUUAAUAGCCACACUACCACAGCUGGAGGAGCAGAGGUGUCCUGACAUGUUCCGCUGUACUGAUGAAGUGUCCUACUGGCUGCAUGAGAAUGAGGAGCGCAAGCAGCAAAUGCAGGACCUGAAACAGACCAUCUCGGAGCUUCAAGAGGAGCUUAGGAAUCACAAGCAUCGCAUCAAAGUGCUGGAAUUGCAGAGUGAGGAGAAGUAUGGCAUGAACUCAUCUUUAGAAAAUCGCUUCCACACACUGCAGCAGCACUAUGAAGAGACCAACACACUGCUGCACAUCCACGGAUCACUCAUCUAUGACAUGCAAACACAGAUCCGCAACUUCACUAUGAUAGUGGAGCGUGUGCGUCGCAAUCCUGGCUGCAUGAUCAACAUCAUUCGCUCAAGCCCGCUCCUCAAAGCCCAAGAUACCCUACACCCAGAGGUUCAGCACAUAAGAAACUGCCCAACUGACUGUGCAUCACUCUACUACAAUGGAGUCCACAGGUCUGGGAUCUUUACAGUUGUGCCCUCAUUGGGAUCUACACCAGUAGAAGUUUACUGUGAUAUGGAGACCCAGGGAGGUGGCUGGACCAUGUUUCAGCGUCGACAGGAUGGAAAGGUCAGUUUUAAUCGCAAAUGGACAGAAUACAGGGAUGGCUUUGGAGAUCUGCGUGCAGAGUUUUGGCUGGGAAAUGACCACAUCCACGACAUCUCCAGCCAGGGAGAGUAUUCGCUGCGCAUUGACCUGGAGGACUGGAACGGCAAGCACAAACACGCAUUGUAUCAAAACUUCUGGAUUGAGAAUGAGGAAAACCACUAUCGUCUCCAUGUAUCUGGAUUCAGUGGUACAGUGGAAGACUCAUUUAGUUGGUACCAUGACAAGCAAAGCUUCAGCACUCCUGACACAGGUGAUAUCUGUGCUGAGAUUUCUCACGGAGGCUGGUGGUAUCACCAGUGUUUCUUUGCCAACCUGAAUGGAGUGUAUUAUAAGGGGGGGCGUUACUCUGCCAAAGGGAAGAAUCUUCUGGGACCUGAUGGGAUUGUGUGGUACUCAUGGAAGGACUCAGAUUACUAUUCAUUGAAGAAGGUGAGCAUGAUGAUCCGGCCACGGACAUACAGGCCACGCCUCUCUCCGUAACACUGCUUUAGGACCAAUGUAAAACAAUACUGUGGUGACAUCAUAAGGCCAUUGUUGAUUCUCCAUGAUGAAUCAAUUGCGGUUAAAGGGAAAGUCUCAUCUGGAAUAUCCACUUUUCUCAUUCCGGUUAUUCAUAACUCAGAAUCCUGUUGUUCAGCAUACUAAAUUAAUAGUUUAACUGUAAAGAAAGAAACACCUUAGAUUGUGACUGUUAUUUUGUAACUCUAAUAUAACAAACAAACACAUUUUAUCCAUAUAAAUGAACAUUACAUUUGAAUAAUCAUUAUUAAAUAUAAAUAGUUUGCAUAUAAUUGCAGUUACAUUCACUUUCUUGGCUAGCAAUCACAUUUUCAGACGAUUUAAGAGAACGUUUUUGAGAAUAAGGGUCCCUGCAUUUUCUGAGAACAUUUGGCAAAUGUACAAUCUUUGUUAAUGAACAUCCUACCACAUAGGCUAUGUCACUGUAAAUGUGUGCAUAUUUUUGCUUUAUAAGUUAUAACAUUUCUCUUAACUGAUUAAAUGUAAUAUAGAGGUGCUGAUACAAUCCUAAAAUGUACAGACUUUAAUGCCUAAAUAUAUUUCAUUGUUUACAUUUUGUAACUACUUUGAGAAUGUAUAAAUAUUUCUUUGUUACUGAAUUGUACUGGUGUAAUCUGCUGUAUGUAUUAUUGUGCGUUCUACCUCUCUGCUUUGAGCAUCAGACUACUUUACCAAAAGAUAAACUUAUCUGCACCACCCACUAAGACUUGCUUCCUGCCUAUCAGUCACCAACAGACCAGGGUGGAGUGGACCAAAAAAAAAAAAAAAAAAAACAGCUGAGCUCACAGGAACAAAAGAGGGUUUAAAGGAACAUGACUAGUUAAAUGCAAAUUAAGCUCUAUCGACAGCAUCUGUGACAAUGCCAUCUAUUCACAUAAAAUAAUUUAUACUUGUACCAAAGUUUGUAAAAUCAAGCCAAAAAAAAAAAAAAAAAAAAAGAGGUUUACAGUUAUGCACACAAUGGAAGUCUGUGGGACAGGCGCUCAAAGGUUACACCCAUAGACUUCCAUUGUAAGAGAAUAAAAAAAAAAAAAAAAACUGAAGUAAAGGUCUAAAUUAUUUCCUGUAAUUGACAGGUAAUUCUGUGGUAUGCCUUAAAAAAAGGGGGCACUGAAUAACAGAUUUUCAAACUUGGUCUUACAAAGUCCCAGCAGGGAGAAUAAAACAGUAGACUCCUUUUGGUCAAAGUGAAAAAUACAAUUUGAUGGCCGUUUAAGGAAAGGAAACAGA